AUGGGAGACCUUCCCGAUCUCGACCGCGCUCAGGCUGCCGGCGCGGGCCGGCGGGACAGGCUCGCGGCGCUGCUCGAGCUCGCCGCGGCGGACGACGUUGAUGGGAUGAAGGCCGCGCUCGAGGGAGCUGGCGAGGAGGCGGCCGAGCUGGCCGAUGACGUCGGGCUCUGGUAUGGCCGGAGCAAGGCGUACGAGCCGCGCACGCCGCUCAUGGUCGCGGCCACGUACGGCAGCGCGCGGGUCGUCUCGCUGCUGCUCGGCCGCGCCGGCUGGGUCGAUGUAGCUCGUCGGCCUGGCGGCGAUGGCUUCACCCCGCUUCACUGUGCCGCCUCCGGCGGCUCCUGCGACGCCGUCCAGGUCGUCAAGAUGCUGCUUGACGCCGGCGCGGACCCAGCUACUGCCGACUCCACCGGCCGCGUCCCGGCCGACGUCGUCCGGGCUCCUCCGGCUUCGGCAGACGCCCUGGGCGAUCUCGAGAUACUUCUUGGCCGCCGCCGGGCCCUCGCCGUCGCCACCUCGGCGGCUUCUGGCGCGUCGUCCCCGCCGCUUUCGUCCUCGCCAGACGACGAGGGCAACAGGUCGCCGUCGUCGCGCUCGUCGUCGCUCUCUCCCAUCACCGUGGAUCGCGCCAAGAAGGAGUACCCGGUGGAUCCGACGCUGCCGGACAUCAAGAGCAGCGUCUAUGCCUCGGACGAGUUCCGCAUGUUUGCUUUCAAGGUGCGUCCGUGCUCCCGUGCUUACUCGCAUGACUGGACCGAGUGCCCCUUCGUGCACCCCGGCGAAAACGCGCGCCGCCGUGACCCCCGCAAGCACCCCUACACUGCGGUGCCUUGCCCCAACUUCCGGCGCCCUGGUGGCUGCCCCAGUGGCGAUAACUGUGAGUUCUCCCAUGGCGUGUUCGAGAGCUGGCUGCACCCGACACAGUACCGCACCAGGCUCUGCAAGGAGGGAGCUGCUUGCGCCCGCCGCAUCUGCUUCUUCGCACACGAUGAAGAUGAGCUCCGCUAUGUGCCUCACAACAGUGGUGCGGGUCUGCUAUCACCCCGUGCAACUUCAUCAAUUGACAUGACUGCCGCUGCUGCACUUGGGCUUCUUCCUGGGUCUCCCAGGCACUUUGUGCCGCCUCCUGGAUCACCAUCUGCCGUGAACAAUGGCGGAGCUGCUUCUGCGCAUUGGCUUCAAGGUAGCAGGCUGCGUUCUUCUUUCAAUGCAAGAGACGCAACCGUUGAAGACCUUGGCUUGCUCCUCGAUUGGGAGUCACAGUACCUUGGGGCACUCUGCCUCCCUCCCAGCAGCCGUCCGCAGCCCCGGCUUUCUACCGGCCUUAGCAUCAGGCCUACAGCAAUUGCCCCCACCAGUCUUGAAGAUAUGUAUGCUUCACAGAUGGCAAUGUCACCGAGGUUCACCAAUGAUCAAGGUCACUCAGCCUACUCGCCAGCCCACAAAUCAGCCAUCCUUAACAAGCUUCAUCAGCAGAAGGGUCUCCUCUCGCCUGUCAACACCAACAGAAUGUACUCACCAAGGGCUCUUGACCCGGCAGCGCUUGUCCAUUCUCCAAUUGGCGGCAUGUCUCCUCGAUCCCCUCGGCUCAUGGAGCCAACAUCGCCCAUGAGUGCCCGUUUCGGAGCCACUGUCCCACAGCGUGAGAUGUAUGAGCAGUUCUCUAACCUGAACAAGCACCAGCUACCAUCCGUGGGUUCGCCGCGGAAUUCUAAUGCUGCUUCAUGGGGCAACGUGGGUUCUUCCCCAAUGGGUAAGGUUGACUGGGGUGUUGAUGGUGAGGAGCUGGAUCGGUUGAGAUGCCCUGAUCAACCAGGGUUUGCAGAGAAGGAGCCAGAUGCGCCAUGGGGGCGGUCACUGAACAGCAACAGGGGUGAAAUGCAGCUGGGCAUGUCGGGAGGCAUGGCUUCUGGAUCGGCAAACAGGCCUGACUGGAACAACCAGGCUGAUUUAUUGGAUCAGAUGGCCAUUGGUGCUUGGCUUGAGCAGCUGCAGACGGAUCAGAAGUGA